AUGAAGUUCCUGUGCAUUUUUCUAAUCGCCCUUCAUCAGAUUAAUGCAAUUCCUAAUUUAUUUGGCAAUGAACAGAGUGCCGCAGUAAAGGGAGUCUUGAAAUGUAAUGGAGUGCCUGCAUCCAAGGUGAAAGUAAAGUUAUAUGAUGUGGAUAGAACGGACCUCGAUGAUUUGAUGGCUGAAGGAGAAACUGAAGAUGAUGGGAGUUUCCAAUUGUCUGGCAGGGAGACAGAAUACACCACCAUUGAUCCCAAACUGAAUAUGUAUGUCUAGAUUGUGACGGUGAAUGUUUUGCAGUUACCAUAAAUGUCGGGACCCGGAUGCCCUUUGUUUCAAGAAGAUCGAGAUUAUUAUCCCAGAUGACUAUGUUAGUCAAGGAAAGAUCCCCAAAAAGACUUUUGAUGUGGGGGAACUGAAUUUGAACGGAGAAUACGGAGGAGAAUCAACAGAUUGCUUCAACUGA